AAUCAUUGACUUGUGCGAGCAGGGCGGAUGGUGUAGCAGCAAAGAAGAGCGAAAUUUUGUGAAAAUUCCGGCAUUAAACGGUCCCGAAAAUGGCAGAAACACCAGAUAAACGGAAGUUGAACGAGUUGCGCGUGGUUGAUUUGAAACACGAGCUGGAGAAACGCGGCAAGGACGGCAAUGGAGUGAAAAAUGUGCUGCUGGAGAGGCUCACUCAGGCUUUACGAGACGAGGGGCAGGAUCCGGAGACGCUAGAGUUCGAAAUCGUUGCGGGGAAGGUGGCCACGAAGAAGGGCAAGAUGACGUCGGGCGGAAAAACCGACGAAGAGUCCAACGAUAAAGAGCAAUCCGGAGGAGGAGUGGAGGGCAAAGAAAAUGAUGAGCCGCAGGAAAUUGUGACGAUAAUCGAGGACGAACCCGUGAUAAAAAUGGAGCCCAUCGAAAUAAAAGAGGAACCCGAGGAUCUCGUAGAACAGCAGCCGGAACCCGUCGAUGCUGAACACAAAGAGGAGGAGGGGGAGAAAGAAAUCAAAGCAGAACAGCAUCUGAACGGGGAUGAGCAGGUUCAGGAAGAGGAAUUCGCCAAGCCGAGCGACCCAGUUCCGGUGGUGACAGCAGAACCGGCGGCGGGCGACUCUCAGAAGACAACAGAGACAAAAGAUGAUUCCAAGGAAGCGGACAAUGAAGAUUCCCUCAAUCUCACCAUCGGAGAGGAUGACGAAAAGUUGCUGCACGACAGCAAUAUCGAAGGGGAUGGCAAAGAAGAUGAGACAGGAGGCGGAAAAGAGGUAACACAGAAUCAAGAUAAAGAUUCAGAAGCGACCGAGGAGCAGGGCAAGAGCGAAAAAGCAGUAACAACGGCCGGCACUAUUGAGAAAGACGACACGACGACAGCAAAAACAGCUUCAACUUCAUCAUCCGGCAACGAUGGUAGCAGUGCAACCGGAGCGAGCGAAAAGUCGACGACCGCCACCACCUCUACCGGACCCACCAACACCACCACUUCGGCGGGAAGCGAAAAAGGAGCACCAGCAGCUACCGCAUCGACAACAACCGAUGUUAACGACGAUGCUGGUGGUGCUGGCAGCGGAAGCAACUCGUCAUCGAAUGUGGGUCGCAAUCUGUGGGUGUCGCGGCUAUCGACGCUUACCCGUGCGACGGAUUUAAAGCAGAUAUUUUCCAAGUACGGUAAGGUGAUGGGCGUCAAGGUGGUGACUAACUCGCGCACGCCCGGUACACGCUGCUACGGAUACGUUACAAUGGGCUCUGCCAAGGAUGCCACCGAGUGCAUCAAUCAUCUUCAUCGCACCGAGCUGCAUGGGCGUCUGAUUUCGGUCGAGCGCGCCAAAUCGGAACUGGCACCUUCGCGCCAAUCAUCGACGACGACGACAUCGACAACCGAGUCAUCGGAUGCAGGCAGCAAGACGGCAGCAUCGACCGCCGGUAACGGUGCCAAGGCAACAACGGGCAAAGGGGACAACAAAGCAAAGUCUUCAUCCGACGAUAAGAAGAAGUCUGGCGAUACAACGAAGCAGGCGUCCGGAGAAGGUAAAUCAGCGACCAAAGUCAGCGAAGAGAAGGAACGGAAGGGUGGAAUGCAGAAAGAUGGAAAACCCAGAUCCAGCCGUGCGAGUUUAGAACGCAAACGUCGCACGGGAGAUGAACAAUCGCGCAGCGUCAGCAACAUCCGAAGAAGCAGUGGCGAACGAGGCGGAAAGACGGCAUCUGAAGCAGGUGCUAAGCGCAGCACCAGCCGCCGUAGCAGAUCACCACAGGAUCGCCGUUCCGGCACGCAACGUUCGACAUCGCAGCGACGUGAACCGCGAUCCCGCAGUCAACGCAGCGGUGGUGACCGUCGCGAACGGGCACGAUCGCGUGAUCGCGAUGUACUAUCCUUGCAGAAGAUCCGCGAAGAACGAGAACGCCAACGAUUGCGCGAACGUGAGCGACUGCUGCGGGAGGAGGAAAGACGACGACGAGAGGUACGGGUCCGGCAGCGCGAGGAGGAGGAGCGGCUGGAACGUGAGCGGGAAAAGCUGGCUGCUGAGCGCGAACGCAUUGAGAAGGAGAAAGCUGAACUGUUGCGGAUCGUGCGCGAACGCCAGAAGCUCGAACGCGAGAAGAUCGAACUUGAGCACCUGGAGCUGAAGCGCCAGCAAAGGAAAAUUGAGGAAGCUAAGAGAUCGCUGAAACGCCCAUCAUCAACCGAUCGAUAUGAUGAUGACCGUAAACGGCCGACAACGGAUCGCCGGGUUGAGGCACCACCGCCGCCGCGUUUCGAUUCUACCAUAUCGUCCAGUGCCGGACGCUCCAAUUACGAUCGCAUUUCAUCGGUAGACAAGAAACGGUCCGACGAUUAUCCGCCAUCUUCCUCGUCGAAGCGCGAUGAUUUCCGUCGUGACAGCUUCAAGCGAGGUGAUGACUACAGUAGCAGCAAGCGUGGCUCAGAUGAUUACAACAAGCGUGGAAGCGACAGCUACAAGCGAGACUCGCGGACCGACUAUAAAUCGUCCAGCGGUGGUCGCUCGAGUGAAGAUUAUGGAAAGCGCGACAGCUACAGCAAGCGCGAUAUCGAUCGUCCCUCUUCAAGUUCGUAUGAAAGCCGCGGGGGAGGAGGCGGAGGUAGCAGCUCCGGUGGUGCCGUGUUGCUAGCGCAACCGAUGGGCAAAGACAGUCGGUACAGUGACCGCUCGAGCGAUUAUCGAGGCAGCGGUGCCAGCGUUGGCGGACUGAAUGGCAGCAGUGGUGGCCGUAAUGACGAUCGUGAUCGUAACAAUUCCUCCGGCAGCCGCUACAAUGACCGAUCGAGUGGUGGAGGAGGCACAGGAAGUACCGGAGGAAACGUUGGAGGUGGCAGUUGGCACAGUUUCGGAUUGUCGCAAACCAACAACAUCUCUUCGCUCGGAAACUGGGUGGACAAAUCGAAUGACGGCGUUGGUGGUGGUGGCGGCUGGCGUAAUAUGGACAAUGGACAGGACCGUUACGAUCGUACGUACAACGAACGCAAGCCGCUUCCAAUGUCGUCCGGCAACGCCGGAGGCUUCAUCGAUCAAUCCCGUGGCAAUCAGUUCAUGGGAGGAGGCAAUAGUGGUGGCGGUGGCCGACCGCAAGACCGUUAUGGACAAUCGGUGUCUAAUCGAUUCGAUAAUGGCCGCUACUGAACAAAGGACGUACACCCCCGCCCCUCCCCUCCUUCAAUUUACUGUGAAUAGAUUAUGUGUUUCGUCUCGACUCUCAGGCGCGCGGAAUGGCUACAAUCAGGCAACGAGCGAUCCGUUUGACACCCGGAUGAUACUUUCCUUUACUAGAAGGAAAGCAACUUUAAUUUUAAACACGCACGUGAAACCUAUGUGUAGUUUUUAAAUAUUGAAAUAGAGCGAAUAUAAACUUACCUUUAAACCCCGGGCCUUUUCAAUGCGAAAUA